UGCCGAGGAAAGUCAUCGGGAAACUCCCGACCCUGCCACCACAUCAGCGACUCCCUUUUCCCCUCGGGGAGUCCUAGAGCCGAGACGGGAGCCGGGCAGGGAAGUGCGCACUCCCGAGCGGCGGCAGGGCGCGGACACGGCCCCGGCGGAGGAAACCCCCCCGGCCCCCGCCCCCGCGCCGGGGCUGCCCGGCCCGAGCCGCCGCGGGGCUCUCGGGGGGCGAAGUUCCCGUGGCGGCGGCCGAGCCGCCCCGUGUCACUUCCUGCGGGCGGGCGCGGGGGCCGCGGGCGCGGGGCGGGGCGGCGGCGGCGCCCGGCGGGGCUCGGCGGGGCUCGGCGGGGCUCGGCGGGCCGGGCCGGGGCCGCGGGCGCUGCGCUGCGCCGCCAGCCGCCGCCGAGGAUGCGGCGGAGCCGGGCGCCGCGGCUGGCGCUGGCCGCCGGCCUCGGCUCGCUCCUGCUCGUCCUCUUCUACUUCCAGAGCAGCCUCAGCCCAGCCUCUGAAGAUAUGAGAUCCACCUGGCAAGGCAAGGCUGGUCGCAGCCCACUCCAGGCCCUGUAUGAGAGUGACCAGCCUGUCCAAGGAUUAAGUGCACCAAAUCAAGAUGUGUUCAAAUUUGAGCAGUCGUCCCUGCAGGCAGUUCACCAGCAGAGGCGGGAGAUGUUGAGCAACAUCUGCAGCCGUUACACGCGCAAGCGGCGUCUCCUGCGGCCGGACGACUUGCGGCACUUGGUGGUGGACGACGCGCACGGGCUGCUCUACUGCUACGUGCCCAAAGUGGCCUGCACUAACUGGAAACGGGUGAUGAUGGUCCUGACGGGGCAAGGCAAGUACCAGGACCCUCUGGAGAUCCCAGCCCACGAGGCCCACGUGCCCUCCAACCUGCGCACCCUGUCCGAGUACAGCGUUCCCGAGAUCAACUCCCGCCUGCGCAGCUACCUCAAGUUCGUCUUCGUGCGCGAGCCCUUCGAGCGCCUGGUCUCGGCCUACCGCAACAAGUUCACGCUCAGCUACAACACGGCCUUCCACAAGCGCUACGGCACCAAGAUCAUCCGGCGGCACCGGCAGGAGCCCAGCGACCGCGCCCUGGAGCGCGGCGACGACGUGCGCUUCGAGGAGUUCGUGUACUACCUGCUGGAUCCACGCACGCAGCAGGAGGAGCCUUUCAACGAGCACUGGGAGCGGGUGCACUCGCUCUGCCACCCCUGCAUCAUCCACUACGACGUGGUGGGCAAGUACGAGACCUUGGCCGAAGAUGCCAACUACAUCCUGCAGCUGGUGGGGGCCGACACCAGCGUCAAGUUCCCGGCUUCGUCCAAGACCACCAGGACGACGGAUGACAUGACAGCCCAGUUCUUCCAGGACAUUAGCCCCUUCUACCAAAGGAGACUCUUUAAUUUAUACAAAAUGGACUACUUGCUAUUCAAUUACUCCAUCCCCUCGUACCUCCGCAUCCGGUGAGGCGGGGGCUGCGGGGGAAGAGGUGAGGGAGAGCUGGAUAACUCUCACCUUGCCACAAUUCCUCUCCUCCUGCCUUGAGCUCAUCUCUUGGUUGACUUCUUCCCUGUGCCCUGUUGUUAGGGUCUGCUCCACCUCCUGAUGCCUUGUUCAUGCAUGCUCUGGAGAAAGAACACUUCUCAAUACACUGGGGCUAGAGCUUUUCCUUCCCUUUCCCUCCCAGCCUUCAAUAUCUACAGGGAAUGGUGGUGGGACUGGACACUUCUUGCCUUGGUUGGGGACUUUCUUGUAACUAAGAGACUCCUCUGUAGAUCCAAAUCUUGUGAAGGCUCCUUUUUCGGGCAGGAUCCCUUCAAGUCUUUCUCCUCCUUACUGGACUGUUUGGGGGCAGACAUGGAGUCUCAGGGGUCAGAGUGGAGUGUAUCAGAGACUUGCAUAGAACCAGAAAUAAAGCAAUAAUUUAAUGUAACUUUUUUCCUUUUAUUUAAAAGUGCUCCCACCUUUUCUUUUUGUCUUGUUCUCCUCUGUCCUUCGUGCCAUCCCCUACUGAGGGGGAUAUAACACAGAGGUGUGUUACUCUGACCACAGUUUUAUCCCUGGAGGGAUUUUUUGUUCCUCUCCUUCCACGUGUUCUCAGUUGAGGUGCAAAAUACUCCAAAGAUAGAGAGGAAAGGCUUGCAGCAGGUCCUCAGUGCUUUCCCCUGAAGUACCACAGCAGAGUGCCUGUGUGUGCGUGUCUCUGGAUUUCUGGUCAAAUCCAUUAAAUCCAGACCCCACACCUCCCAUUUUUGAAAGCAGGUGACAGCAGUUGUGAAGCCAUACAGACAGUGUGGGUGCAGGUGUCUGCUCUGAUGAAACCAUCCCCGGUGUCCUGCCCUGGCCCUGCUGGUUAGGCAGGGCCCUGCUGGCAGUGCUGGCUUCUCUUCCCCUGGCAGCAUGGGCUGCUCCUGUGUGCAGCCCCUUUAUGAAAGCUAUAAAGUGUUUGGGGGAACACUGGGCUGGGAUGUGGGAGAUUGCUGUGGUAAUGGAGAAGUAAUGUUGGACUGGGAGGCCAGAAAAGUCUGAGUGUGUAUGUUUGUGUGUAUGUGUGUGUGUGUGAGAGAGAGAGAGAGAGAGAAAAAAAAUUGACGAUAAAAACAGGGAGAGAGACACCUAGAGGGAAACAGUCUUUUUCCUGGUUGCCUUUGGAUAAUCAUUCCUUGAAGAAAAAACAGAAGGGAGUGAAACACAAAAGAAAAUGACAAACCGAGCCCUAGGAUUUUAAAUUAAAGGCAGUCCAUAUUUCUGUCUUUCCUCUUUUCUGUUUGGCUUUGGCUUGCUGGCUGCCUUUGUAAAUAAACACACUGGUAAUA